UGUGUGUGUGUGUGGUGUGUGUGUCUGUCUGUCUGUCUGUCUGUCUGUUGGUGGCCCUGGCUGAGCCAGCCUCACCGAGAGGAGGUUGAAUGCUUGUUCCGCAUGGGGGUGUCUGGGAGUUGGGUGUGCCCAGAGGCUUUGCUUCCCUCCUGCUCCCACGGCCCAGUGAGUCAGCCCAGAGCAGCAGCGCUGAGCAGCCGAGGAGCCAGCCCCUGCCACAGCCUGCCCUUCUCCCGGCCGCCCUGAUGGAGAAGCUGGCCAUGCUGCCCCUGGCCUCCCCAUGCCCCCGGAUCCCCAGAGCCCACGUCGCCAGACAGUCCAGGCCCUGUUGGCACUGGGCCAAUGUGGGCUGCAGCUCUGGCCCCACCUUAGGCCAAAUGCAUCUGCUUCCCCAGAAGACCUCCCCGCAGCAGCCGCCCUCUGCCCACUGUCCCCGCUCCCGGCUGUCCUUGGCAGAGAGCUUGUCCCUGGACGGCUUCUGGACAGAGGUGGAACGGCUCCAACAGCAGGCUGAGCAGCCAGAGGAGGCCGGCGGGGCCGAAGGCCAGCUCCCCGAGGAGGGAGAAGCCGAAUCCCAGUGGCUGCAGGACACGGGCCUAUGGGGCCUCCUUGGCGGCCUGGGCAUGAAUGGUGACCACCAGGGGCUCUUGUCCACCCUCACACAGACCCAGGUGGCUGCUGUGUGCCGCCGGCUGGACAUCUAUGCCCGCUCAGCCCGAAGACGCCACAAGGCACCUGUCAGGGAUGUCAGGGACAUCUUUGGUGGCUGCGAUUCAGGGGGGGGAUCUUCAGCAGAUGGAGGUGCAGGAGUGAAAUGGAACAUGCUCAGCUCCAGGUUAUGUCAUUAUCCACCAGCGGCAACACUGGAGGGACCCCAGGAGCAGGCCGGAAGGGUGGACACCUUCAGCAUGGACACUGCCUACUCAGAGCAGGCGGCAGCACCACCCCAGAAGUGCAGGCCACCCCCUGAGGGCACCUGUGCCCGAAGCAAAGUCUCCCUGCCGAAGUUUCGAAUCCCCCGGGGCAGACUCGGCGUGACUCGCAUGGGAGACUUGUCCUUGCAGGACAGGAAGAAGAUCCGCCCGCUGGUCCUCAUCGAGCUGACCGCACUCUGCGACGUCCUUGGCCUGGACCUGAAGAGGAGCAAGGCGGCCAAGCGGAGAGUCACAGAAACGCGCCUUUUCGGUGUGCCCCUUGAUGCCUUGCUGGAAGCCGACCGCAAACUCGUCCCCGGCACCCAGGUUCCACUGGUCCUUCAAGCUCUGCUGUCCUGUUUGGAAAGCAAAGGGCUGGACAUGGAAGGCAUCCUCAGGGUGCCAGGAUCCCAGGCCAGGCUCAAGGGGCUGGAGCAGAAGCUGGAGAGUGACUUCUAUGCAGGCCUCUUUGACUGGGCCAAGCUCCAUCCCAACGAUGCCGCUGAUCUGCUGAAAAGAUUCCUCCGGCAGCUGCCUGCACCUAUGCUCACAGCCGAGUACCUGCCUGCCUUCGCUCUGCUGCCCAACAUCCCAGACCUGAAGCAGCGCCUGCAAACCCUCCAUCUACUCAUCCUGCUCCUCCCAGAAGUCAACCGGAACACCUUGCAGGUGCUCCUGGAAUUCCUCAGGAAGGUGGUGGCCCGGGAAAGGAGCAACAAGAUGACGCUGUGGAGCGUGUCCAUGGUGAUGGCCCCGAGUCUCUUCCUGCAGCACGGGUGGCCUCCCAAAGUCCCCAAGGGCAAGGAGAAGCAGCUGGCUGAGGGGGCUGCCCAGGUGGUGCAGCUGAUGGUACACUACCAGGAGCUGCUGUGGAUGGUAGGUGCUGCGGGCGCCAGCUGGCAGGGAGGGAGUGCCACUCCCAGCAUGGCCAAGAUCCAUGUUCCAUGGCCCACCAAGGGCCCCGUGGAGGUGCUCCUGACCCACAGCACCAAAGUGGCCCAUGUGCUGAGGGAGCUCUCAGCGCCCCUCAGCCCCAAAUCACAGGGCCAGGAGGGCAGCGAGGGCACCCACAGCCGCCUCCCUUGCAGCAAGCCCAGGCAGUCAGCUGACAUCUGCCUCUAUGAAGUUGGAGGGAAUAUCAGGUCUCUGGCUCCAAACAACAAGUACAUGUCUGAUGAGCAGUCCCGGAUGGUGCAGACAGCUAACGGCUCAAUAGAAGCCUGA